AUGGAGAGGAGGGAGGACAAAUCCCCACAGCAGAACCUGGCAGCAGAGGCCAUUUUGAGCGGCUCCACGGCGCAGGAACCCAACGGGGAGGAAAAGCCCCGGAGAUCCCGCACGAGGAGGGGCUGCAAACGCAGAUGGCGGGGAUCUGAGGGGGAAAGAGCCAGCCUGGGCCGGGAAGGCGGCCAGAGAUGGAAUCAGAGCUCAGAGCUGGUGCUGCAUGAGCAGUUCCAUGAUGGGGAGAAGCCCCACACGUGUGGGGAGUGUGGGAAGAGCUUCAGGUGGAACUCUGAGCUGAUCAGGCACCAGAGGACCCACACUGGGGAACGGCCCUACGAGUGUGAUCAGUGCAGGAAGAGGUUUCAGACCAGCUCAGAUGUCCUCAAGCACCAGCGCACUCACACAGAGGAGAGGCCCUUCCGCUGCCCCGACUGCGGGCAGGGCUUCAGGCGAAAUGACCAUCUUGUCAUGCACCAACGCAUCCACACUGGGGAACGACCCCACGAGUGUGGGGAAUGUGGGAAGAGCUUCAGGCACAGCUCCCACCUGAUCAGGCACCAGAGAACCCACACCGGGGAGAGGCCCUGCAAGUGUGGGGAGUGUGGGAAGAGCUUCAGGCACAGCUCCACCCUGAUCAGGCACCAGAGAACCCACACCGGGGAGAGGCCCUACAAGUGUGGGGAGUGUAGGAAGAGCUUCAGCCGGCAUUCCAACCUGAUCCUCCACCAAAAGAUCCACACUGGGGAGAGGCCUGCCGAGUGUUCCAAGUGUGGGAAGAGGUUUCGGAGCAACUCCCAUCUCCUCCUGCACUAUCGGAUUCACAGAGAGGAGAGGCCCUUCCAGUGCCCUGACUGCGGGAAGGGAUUCAAGCACAACUCCACCCUCAUCACCCACCGGCGCAUCCACACCGGGGAGAGGCCCUACGAGUGUCCCCAGUGUGGGAAGAGCUUCUCACGGAAGUCUGAGCUGGUGCUCCAUGAGCAGCUCCAUGAUGGGGAGAAGCCCCACACGUGUGGGGAGUGUGGGAAGAGCUUCAGGUGGAACUCUGAGCUGAUCAGGCACCAGAGGACCCACACUGGGGAACGGCCCUACGAGUGUGAUCAAUGCAGGAAGAGGUUUCAGACCAGCUCAGAUGUCCUCAAGCACCAGCGCACUCACACAGAGGAGAGGCCCUUCCGCUGCCCCGACUGCGGGCAGGGCUUCAGGCGAAAUGACCAUCUUGUCACGCACCGACGCAUCCACACUGGGGAGAGGCCCCACGAGUGUGGGGAAUGUGGGAAGAGCUUCAGGCACAGCUCCCACCUGAUCAGGCACCAGAGAACCCACACCGGGGAGAGGCCCUGCAAGUGUGGGGAGUGUGGGAAGAGCUUCAGGCACAGCUCCACCCUGAUCAGGCACCAGAGAACCCACACCGGGGAGAGGCCCUACAAGUGUGGGGAGUGUAGGAAGAGCUUCAGCCGGCAUUCCAACCUGAUCCUCCACCAAAAGAUCCACACUGGGGAGAGGCCUGCCGAGUGUUCCAAGUGUGGGAAGAGGUUUCGGAGCAACUCCCAUCUCCUCCUGCACUAUCAGAUUCACAGAGAGGAGAGGCCUUUCCAGUGCCCUGACUGCGGGAAGGGAUUCAAGCACAACUCCACCCUCAUCACCCACCGGCGCAUCCACACUGGGGAGAGGCCCUACGAGUGUCCCCAGUGUGGGAAGAGCUUCUCACGGAGCUCUACCUUGACCGGACACCAACGGAGGCACCGGUAAGGGAAGUCCUGCGAGUGCCCCAAGUGUGGGAAGAGCUUCGUGUGCUGCUCCAGCUCCAUCCCCCACUGGAGGAGCCACUUUGGGCAGAGCCCUGGUCCCCCACAUUCCCUGUGAUCCAUAUUGGGAACACACCUGGCUGCUUUUCCUGUUGGUUUGGCCUUAAUUUUCUUCUGAUUCAUCUUCAUCCCUUAAAAACAUCACAAACAGGGUUAAAUAAAUGAAAUUG